CUCUUCCUCCAGAACGAAGAGUUCAUGAAGGAGCUCCAGAGGAACAGGGAUUUCCUCCUUGCGCUGGAGAGAGAUCGAUUGAAAUACGAGUCGAAAAAAUCCAAGUCGACCAGUGUUGCUGUCAGCAACGACUUUGGUUUCUCCUCCGUUAUAUCAGGUGACGUAGCCCCCUCUGUAACCAGCGAGGCUGGCGGUGCCGUGUCUGACGAUGCCUUAUUCAGAGACAAAUUGAAACACAUGGGAAAAUCCACGCGCAAGAAACUGUUUGAACUUGCCAGAGCCUUCUCCGAGAAGACGAAGAUGAGGAAAUCGAAAAGAAAACACUUGCUGAAGCACCAGGCGCUGGGGACAGCGGCUUCCACAGCAAAUCUCCUCGAUGACGUCGAAGGACAUUCGUGCGAUGAAGACUUCCAAGCGCGGCGGCAGCAGCUCCGGGAAGAGGACGAGACGCCGAAGGAAGGGCAGUAA